AUGGCCAACUACCUCGCCUCCAUCUUCGGAACCGAGCAAGACAAAGUCAACUGCUCGUUCUACUACAAGAUCGGCGCCUGCAGACACGGUGACCGCUGCUCGCGCAAACAUGUCAAGCCCUCAUAUUCGCAGACAGUCCUCAUGCCGAACAUGUACCAAAAUCCCGCGUACGACCCCAAGAGCAAGAUGAACCCCAGCCAGCUGCAGAACCACUUCGAUGCGUUCUACGAGGAUGUCUGGUGUGAGAUGUGCAAGUACGGCGAGCUGGAGGAAUUAGUGGUGUGCGACAACAAUAAUGACCACCUCAUCGGGAAUGUCUAUGCCCGAUUCAAGUACGAAGAAGAUGCACAGGCAGCUUGCGAUACGCUGAACUCCCGAUGGUACGCCGCGCGACCAAUAUAUUGCGAAUUAUCACCGGUUACCGAUUUCCGAGAAGCGUGCUGUCGCCUAAAUAGUGGCGAGGGGUGUGUUCGCGGCGGGUUCUGCAACUUCAUUCACCGGAAAGACCCCAGCAACGAGCUGGACCGGGAGCUUCGCCUCAGCACCAAGAAAUGGUUGAAGGACCGUGGCCGCGAUGCGCGGAGUGCCACACGCAGUCCCAGCCCGGAGCCUACACGGCGGAGAUUUUAG